CGAAGAUCAAACGUGUUUGGUCAAGAAUUGAGCGAUCCAAGAAUGAAUGAAAGUCGUAAGAAACCCGACAACAAAAGGAAGGAAGCGAAUUGUUAAAGAUUUUUGUUUUUUAAAAAGAAAAAAGGUCGCCUACACACACAAUUGACGUGAAAUGGUCUCUUUAGAACACCUGAUUUCAUUUGGUUUUCACAGGCACGUUCAAGGCAGGGAUUCCUAGAGCGAGAGUAAGAAACCACAGUAGAAUUAGAGGAGGAGGAGGAGGAAGAAGAAGAAGAUGGGGUGCUCGUUUUCUGGGCUGAAUGCAUUGUAUGACAACGUAAACGGGGACACCGAUGUGUGGAUCAACGAGAACCGAUUCCGCAUCGUGAGGCAGCUCGGCGAAGGUGGCUUUUCCUACGUCUAUUUGGUCAAGGAGGUGGUCACGGACUCCUCUCCCGCAUUAGCUGGCGGUGGUCUCUCUAAGAAGCUCAAAGACUCUUCCCAUGUCUCCGAUGAUGGAACUUAUGCUAUGAAAAAGGUCCUCAUUCAAAACAAUGAACAGCUGGAGUUGGUGAAGGAGGAGAUCCGUGUUUCAUCCCUCUUCAGCCAUCCUAAUUUGCUUCCACUUCUUGACCACGCAAUCAUUUCUGUUAAGCCAACCAAAGAAACAUCUUGGAACCAUGAAGCAUACUUGCUAUUUCCCGUUCAUUUAGAUGGAACAUUGCUUGACAUUGCCCAAACUAUGAAAACCAAGAAAGAGUUCUUUUCCACGUCAGAUGUGCUUCACAUUUUUCAACAGCUUGCUGCAGGACUCAAGCACAUGCACAAUAUGGAUCCUCCGCAUGCACAUAAUGAUGUCAAACCUGGUAAUGUGGUAAUAACACGCAGAAAAGGGCAACCACCUCUUGCCAUACUCAUGGAUUUUGGUAGUACUCGACCUGCCAGACGGCAAAUUCGCUCCCGAUCAGAGGCACUACAGUUGCAGGAAUGGGCAGCUGAACAUUGCUCUGCUCCUUUCCGAGCUCCUGAGCUAUGGGAUUGCCCAAGCCAUGCUGAUAUAGAUGAGAGGAAUGAUGUUUGGUCACUAGGAUGCACGCUGUAUGCAAUAAUGUAUGGGGUAUCUCCGUUUGAAUAUGCACUCGGAGAAUCCGGAGGAAGCCUGCAACUGGCUAUUAUAAAUGCUCAAAUCAAAUGGCCGGCUGGACCCAAGUCUCCAUAUCCUGAUGCUCUUCAUCAGUUUGUGACAUGGAUGCUUCAACCCCAGGCUGCUGUGCGGCCCCGAAUAGACGAUGUCGUUAUCCAUGUGGAAAAAUUGAUCGCCAAAUUUUCUCAUUGAGUUAAUGUUGGAGGGAACAGAAAGCUGUUUCGAAGAUUUUGUUCCCUUGGUCGAUUUAAAUUGAUGAGCCCCUUUUUUCGGUGGUAGUGUAGGCAGUUGAGCGUUGAAUUCAUCAGCACAUUCUUUAUCAGAUGGCCAAUAUCCCUUCCUGUGUCUGAUUAAAGCACAUAAAUGGCAUUUGAAUUUAUCUAUUGAUGUUGCUUCAUUA